AACGUUACACGUUAAAAGUCUUUUAACUCCAUGGUCUGUAAAAGGGCUGUUCAAUAAAUGUUACCCAGGACCUAAUUAUGGGUACACUAGGAGGUUGAAAGUGCUGUCCACCAUUGCUGAUGAUACUGUCUGGAAACUUGUAUCAUUACCAACCAGCCCUCCUUUGGCAGCAACCUUUGGGGUAGGUGGCAGCCUUGAGCGUGAUUUUUUAGUCAGGCUGAGGCUUGGUCCUCCCCCUUAGACAAGGCAAACAUGGAAUAGAGAAAAACUUUGUUAUUCACAAUAUGUUCAAACAAACAGUGAUGUUACCACUCUAAAACAACUUGGGAAUGAACUUUAGUAUCUUCAAAAUUCAUCCAAAACUCAUCAUCUAUUUGUGAGCCUGGAGAGGAAAUGCAAAGGAGGAAAUUGCCUUGGUGCCAGGCAACACGUGACGUCACGAUGCUCAUUAAUUAUGCAAGUGGCCGCCAUGAGUGCGAAGAGUUUGAACGGGACCCUGUGGGAGGGCGGCUGGAACUAGACACGAUUUACCCAUUACAGCCGCGUUCAAACGUACAGUUACUAUUCCUUCGACUAGCCAGGAGGCUUAUUGAUCAUAUUAGGUAGUAUACAGAAGGAUAGACGUGAUCUGGACGUUCCACUUUGGGAUAGAAACUUGCAGUGUCCCGGGUCGCGGACUUCGACAUGGCGGCUUGCUGGGAAUGACAGCCCGCCGAUCUUAUGUGCGUGGACCGACUUAGGUUGGGAAGCCGCGUCAACAUGUCAUCUAAGGACUGUAAAGAGUCCCUCCGAACAGUUUUCACCAAGUCUAUGUGGAGAUCAGGGCUGGCGGUGGGUGGCAGGCGGAGGUUGGGUGGCCUGGCGUACGCGUGUGGGCUGUGCCUGGUACUGCUGAUCUGUUUCACAACAGAAACAUCAGCGCAGUGUGACUGCAGUACGAACUGUAGCUGUUCCUUUGCCAACUGUACUGCUGGUCAGUACUGGAACGACACUGCAGGAUGUGUCACCUGUCCCGCCGGAUUCUUCUGUAUUGGUGCAUCUGAAGCUCCCACACCAUGUGCAAUAGGAAACUAUCUGAGCAGUACUGGAGCAAUUGCUCCUGAUGAAUGUCUGGAUUGUCCAGCUGGCCACAUUAGCAGUGAGGGGUCUGUGUCUUGCACCCCCUGUCCUGCUGGCUAUAGCUGUGACAACAGCUCUGUGGUGACCACUGCCUGCGGGACUGGGACAUACUCCCUGUCUGGAGAGAUGACCUGCAACACCUGUCCCGUGGGAAGGAUAUGUGCUGACCCUGCACAGUCUCCUCAGGACUGUGGAGGAGGCCAGAUGCCUGAUGUCAGUCAGACGUCGUGUGUAGACUGUCCUGUUGGGCAAUAUUCCUACAACACCAGCAUGGAGUGUCAAAUAUGCCCUAAAGGUCACUACUGCCCAACAAAUGGCACAACUGAACCCAAGGCAUGUCCGGAUGGGUACUAUGCCAACAUCACCGGCAGUACGCUGUGCAGUGAGUGUCCUGCAGGCUAUUCGUGUGCGGACCCGUCAGCAUCCCCCCAGCAGUGUUUGGCCGGCACCUUUAGUCCAGCUGGGGCUGCCGCUUGUGAGAUCUGUUCAGAAGGAACCUACACAGACAAUGUGGCAUCAACACUCUGUGCUGCUUGCCCCGCAGGCCACUACUGUUCAGAUAGGUCCCAGGCCCAGAAGUGUCCAGCAGGGACGUACAGUAUAGGGGGCACGGGUAGCUGUAAUAGUACAUCAUGCAUCACCUGUCCUGAUGGGGAAUACUCGGAUACAGAAGGGUCCUCUCACUGCACAGAGUGCUCAGCAGGAUACGAGUGUUCCAAUAAGACUCAACCAGUGCCAUGUCCCAGGGGAAAAUACAGCAGCGCCAGUGCCAUCAUGUGUCUUGACUGUGCGGAGGGGCAGUAUGCAAACAGCACCAACUCUUCUCAGUGUGAGCCCUGCCCUGUGGGGUACGAGUGUUCUGACAAGACCCAGCCCAUGGAGUGUCUGGACGGAACCUACAGUAGCGGCGGCACGUCGUCCUGUACAUCAUGUCCUGAUGGACAGUUUAACAGCAUUCCUGCGUCCAGCCAAUGUGAGGAUUGUCCCGCAGGAUAUCACUGUGGAGACAAGACACAGCCUCUAGCAUGCCCCAUGGGAUCUUACAGUAACAAUGGCUCCAUAUCCUGCACCGCCUGCCCUGAUGGACAGUAUGCCAACAGCACAGGGUCCACACAGUGUGCCAACUGCCCUGAAGGGUACCAGUGUUCCAACAGAACCCUCUCCCCCCAGCCAUGUCCCCUGGGGAAGUACAGCUCUGCACUGUCAACAUCAUGUACCGACUGUCCUGACGGCAAGUACGCCAAUGACACCGGCACGGCACAGUGCCAGAAUUGUUCUGCAGGGCACCAGUGCUCGGACAAGACAGCCUCUCCACAACCAUGUCCGCAGGGCAAGUUCAGCACUGCCCUGUCCACCACUUGUACGGACUGUGCUGCGGGUUAUUAUGCCAACCAGACGGGUCUGUCUGCAUGUGAGGAGUGCGAGGCAGGGUACAGAUGUGCAGACCCUGCAGUAGACCCACUCCUCUGUGAUGAUGGGUACUACAGCUUGGGAGGUGCGACAUCCUGCCUACUCUGCCCUGCUGGCCACGCCUGCCCCAACAAAGACCAGAGUCCUUCUCAGUGUGUUGCGGGAACCUACGCUGGCAGUGGCUCCACCCAGUGUACCCCCUGUGAACCAGGGUAUCAGUGUCCCAUCGCAGGCCUGGAGGUCGCAGAACCCUGUCCAGAUGGACACUAUGCAAAUGAGACGAGAUCUACAAAUUGCACGCUUUGUCCAGAAGGGUCCAGAUGUACCCAGAAGUGGCUGAUGCCUGAGGAGUGUGAGCGGGGCACGUACAGCCGCUCCGGCUGGCAGUCCUGUAUCGACUGUGAGGAGGGCAAGUACGCCAACGUGUCAGGGGCGGCGCGGUGUGAGUCCUGCCCCGCCGGAUACCAGUGUGACGACCCCAGGCUCGCUCCCGUCAUCUGUCCUCUGGGACAGUACAGCGCGGAGGCCUCCACAGUGUGUCAGUCCUGUCCCCCUGGCUUCUAUAACAACGGCUCGUUUGCUGACAUGUGUCAGCCCUGCCCAGCUGGAUACCAGUGCCCCAGUCCUUCACAGGACCCUGUACAGUGCACUGCUGGUUACUUCUCCCUGGGGAAUGCCACCUACUGUAGCCUGUGCUACGGUGGAUACGCGUGUGCAGACAGAGUCAGUGAACCAGUCAUCUGUACUGCUGGUCAUUAUGCCCGUAACGGGAGCGAGUCAUGCACACCGUGUGAUGAGGGGUACUACUGUCCUGAUGAGGGCAUGACAGAACCCACCAGGUGCCCAGAUGGCCACUAUGCAGAUUCUCCAGGCUCCUCUGCCUGUACUGAGUGUGAGGCUGGUAAAAGGUGUCCUGAUCCCACAGUGACGUCUGAGACAUGUCCUGAUGGCUUCUACUCUCCAGGCGGAACCACCAACUGUACCGAGUGCCCUGUAGGACACCAAUGUGGUAACAAGACCGCUGCUGUGACGUGUGCAGCUGGAGAAUUUGCCCCGGCCCAGAGCCUGUCUUGUACCCCCUGUCCUCCUGGUACCUACUGUCCCAACACCCCCCAGACUGCCCCGGUGGACUGUCCAAGCGGCUGGUAUCAGCACCAGGAGGGUAAGACAGCGUGUCAGCAGUGUGAGAAGGGUCACGAGUGUCCUGUCAUCACCCAGGAACAGCAGCAGUGUCCAGCGGGUUACUACGCAGACAAGAGAGGCCUACAGUCAUGUCUAGCAUGCCCAACUGGUUACUACUGUCUCAGGGGAAACAUUGAUCCCAACCCUGUACCGUGUCCCAAUGGUACCUACAGCGAUGAACUUGGUCUCCAGACUGAGGACGAGUGUCAGAUCUGCCCUGCUGGGAAGUACUGCUGGCCAGGGGGACUGUCUGCUCCUGCUGACGACUGUCCGGGUGGACAUUUCUGCCCAGAGGGUACCGGUUGGAUGUACACCAACCCCUGCCCACAGGGCUUCUACCUGAACGCUUCAGCAGGAGAGUCCUUCCAGGGCUGUACCCUGUGUAUCUCUGGGUACUACUGUGAUGAGGAGGGGCUAGCCUGGCCAAAAACCUGUCCUGAAGGUUAUUACUGUCCCACUGGCAGUAACUUUGCCCAGCCAUGUCCCCUGGGAACGUACAGUAACUCCACAGGCCUGCGGGUGAGUUCAGACUGCGUGGCGUGUCCUGGAGGAUGGUACUGUGACGGGCUGGCCCUGACCCAGCCGGCCGGACAGUGUGACGCUGGGUUCUACUGCAGGUCCAGGGCCUCCUCAUCGGCUCCACCAGAUGACCUGACCGGUGGGGUGUGUCCAGCCGGUGGGUACUGUCCAAUAGGCUCGGCCAUCCCCACGUCAUGUCCACAGGGAACAUACAGUAACUCCUCAGGUGCAGCAGGGCCAGAGGACUGUGUCCAGUGUGAUCCUGGAUAUUACUGUGCUGGAGACACCAACCCAGAGCCUACAGGACCAUGUGACCCUGGGUACUACUGUACGGGUGGAGCAUCCAGUCCCAACCAGCUCGAGACUCCAGCUGGCAGCUACACGGAGGCAGCAGCAUACAACCCCAAACCCUGCCCUGUUGGCACAUACCAAACUUCCCCUGGCCAGGCCAGUUGUGAUGACUGCUUGCAGAGUUACUACUGUAACGGCACAGGAUUGGUUGCCCAGUUAAUCUGUCCUCCCGGGUCCUAUUGUCCACCAAGGAGUGCUGUACCCACACCAUGUCCACCGGGAACUUUCCGUAGUGCGACUGGUGCAUAUGAGGAACCCCAGUGUGAACCCUGUUCUCCUGGUCAGUACUGCACAGCCUAUGGCCUGGCCUCUCCCCAGGGACCCUGUGCUGCCGGGCAUUACUGUACACUGGGAGCAAAUGUCUCCACUCCUACGGAUGAAGAGACAGGAGGCCUGUGUCCACCAGGCUACUUCUGCCCAGAAGGGACCAGCGACCCGUACGCCAACUUUUGUCCCAACGGCACUUUCAGCAACACGACAGGCCUGCAGCAGGAGGGAGACUGUAUCGACUGUUCUCCUGGGUAUUACUGUGAGGGCCACGCCCUGCUGGAACCUGUGGGAGAAUGUGCUCCAGGGUUCUUCUGCUCCGGAGGUGCGCUGUACGCCCGCCCCACAGACGAGGCGCAGCAUGGCGGAGAGGCCUGUCCGACCGCUCACUACUGUCCCGGGGGAACAGCCGACCCACUGCGCUGUGCUAACGGGACUUACGUCAACGAGACAGGAAACUCACAAUGUUACCCAUGCCCAGCAGGUUACUAUGUGACAGAUGGAGACGGUAACCACCUCCUGCCCUGCCCACAAGGCUACUACUGCCCCGAGGGGACAGGCUACGACCACAAACCCUGUCCCAGGGGCACGUACAACCCUGAGGAGAGAAUCGGCAGUGAGGACGGCUGUCUGGAUUGUUUUGCCGGGAAAUACUGUUCUGGGUUAGCUGUGUCCAGUUUUGAAGAAGCCAACUCUACAUCUGGUCCCUGUGAUCCUGGUUACUAUUGCAUAUCAGGCAUCAAUGUCGAGUAACCCUGAACCGGGGACAUUCCGAGGUAACGGUGGCCCGUGUCCUCCUGGCUUCUACUGCCCGUCAGGAACGUCCAACCCCGACCCCUGUCCCAGCGGCACCUACUCGGACCAGACCCACGUGGAGAGUGUUGCCGGCUGUACCGACUGUGCUCUGGGGCAGUACUGCAGGUCCACUAACCUGACUGCACCCACAGGACCGUGUGAUCCCGGCUUCUACUGUCUCCGAGGGAAUCGUCCACCCCAACCCUACAGGGGACGAUGCGUCAAUGGGCGGGCCCUGCUGGAUUGGUCACUACUGUCCAGGAGGAACGUCCUACCCACUGGGCUGUCCAGCAGGAACCUACAACAACCUGACCCAGCAGGCCGAGUGUGCAGACUGCCCAGCCGGGUACUACUGCCCUGAGAACUCCACCACCUACGAGACUUACCCUUGUCCUGUGGGACACUACUGUCCUAAUGGGACAAGAUACUCUAGUGAAUAUCCAUGUCCACGAGGAUAUUUCCGAGGUACAGAGAUGGGCCAGUCUGUGGAGGACUGCUCGCCAUGUACAGCUGGGAGCUACUGUCUGGGGGGAGAGGCCUCGCCUACAGCACUGUGUAACCCAGGAUGGUAUUGUGUAAAUGCAGCCUGGAGCCCUCAACCCAAUGACUACACCCUGCUGGACUACAGCAGCUAUGGAGACUGCCUUUGUCCGGCUAACACCACGGGUGGACAGUGUCGACCUGGCUUCUUCUGUCCACAGGGAUCCCAGGAACCCACUUCCUGCACAGCUGGCUCCUACUGUGCUACUCCAGGCCUGUCCAGUGCUACUGGCCCGUGUCUGGAGGGGGUACUACUGCAGUGGAGGUGCCAGUCGGUGGGACCCGACAGACGGCACCACAGGAAACAUCUGUCUUCCAGGCAGAUAC